ACCGACUUUGCGAAUGACUCGACUUUUAUCUACAUGCCUUGAAACAUUAUUUUAGAAGUAGCUACCUUCUGAUUAUUGUUGGGUCUCUAACUAAAAUGGGUGUAAGGAGCUACCUCUACGAGUCAUUCUUGCUGUUGGCUUUAUUUUCUUCUGCUGUCCAUGGAGGUAAGUCGUCGUGCCCAUUUCAGAACAAACACUUUGUUUAUAGUUAAACGAGAACGGAAGUUUUUCUUUUCAAUAAUAUUACGCGUAGGCCAUAAAAGAAAUUUUGCCUUAAACCACAAACUUUGGUUUUACUCAGUCUGAACUGGAUUGAUUAAAAUCCCUUUGAAUGUGGCGUCUACUUUUCAAAUUUCAGAUUUUAAACUGGGCAUUUCAUUUCAAGACCGUAAAUUUUUUAUUACGAGAAUCAAGCCUAAGCUGUCUCUGUGCUGAUGAUAUUCACUUAAUCUUUAAACGUUCUUGAACCUUUUCAUUUUUAAGACUUAAAUUAGAUUUCGUUAUAAUCGACGUGUACCCUACAUAUGGAUCAUUUUGAUAAGCAACAAAUCGACACGGGAAGGUCACGUUUUUGCGUUAAAAUAAGGAGGAUCCGAGAAACACCAGCUUCGAGCAGCUCUUUUGUUUUUACGUAAACAUGCUGUACAAACGGCAAAUUUGAACAACACGUUUAUCCUCUGGGGACGUACAGAAAGAAAGCAACCUCUAUAUCUAGCGUGCUGUCGAGCUUUAAUUAUGCUAAUCAUGAAGUUAAUCCUUCGUCAGAAUUAGAUAUUAGGUACUAAUACGACCUACUCGAUGUCCCCACUGAAGAAACUGUGGUGCUACGUCGGUGGAAGAGUAUAACAGUGUAAUUUAAUACUAUGAACUGAGUUGAUAUCUUAAAUUGGCCACCGUAAAGAGUUUAAAAGCUGACGUUUCGAGCGUUAGCCCUUCAUUCAUCGCUCUGACGAAAGGGCUAGUACUCGAAAAGUCAGCUUUUAAACUCCUUACGGUGGCCAAUUUACGUUAUCAACUCAGUUCUCUCUCUCUCUCUCUCUCUCUCUCUCUCUCUCUCUCUCUCUCCCUUUCUCUGUCUCUCUCUCUCGCUCUCUAUCUCUCUCUUUCCUCAUUUUUUUCAUUUUUAUUUUGUUGGGAUGCCACCGACGUAAGUUUCUAUUCCAUCCACGAAGCAAUAUUGAAAUAAUUUACACGACCAGGUUCAUACGGGCUAAAAUAACAACUACCGAGCUCUCGCAUAUGGUGGAUUGUACAAAAAAAAUUAAUUUAUUGUCUUUGUACAAUCAUCCAUGAGAUGAGAUGAUAUCCAUUCACGCAUGCUAGUUGGUCUCUUUGUUCUUCGUGAAUGUCACGUUUUAUGCAUCACGUCUUGCCUCUCAACGCGUUUUAUGCAUCGUUAAAAAAAAUCGUUGAACACACCUCUCUGAUUAUUCAGUGAAUUUACAUCUCCGAUCCUUUUCCUAGACAGAUUUCCGCCUUUUAAAGUGCCCUCUUCCUUCGUUUAGAGGGUUUUAUAAGGGAGGGGGUUAGAAAAUUAAGAUUGGGAGAUUAACAUUUAAGGUUUAAGUCAACAAACGGAACACAAUGACAUGAACGUGAGUACCGAAGAAUUCUCGGCGCCAAGGGCUACGGUUAGAGUACCAAAUGCCCGCUUAUAGGAACACUGAUAGAUGGUCAAGCCAAGGGAACAGAAUCAAGUAAAUGAAUAAACGGGAGGUGCCACGUCGCUGGGGGAAUAAUUUAGUUUUAUCAGCUAAGGUGAUAAUUUAAAUUGGCCACCUUCAAGAGUUUCUAAAAAUGACGCUCCGAUUGUUAGCCUUUCGUCAGAAUUAGAUACAAGGUAUUGAAAUGACCUACUCGAUGUCCCCUCGCAAGAAAAGUGCGACUUCUUUGAGGUUUCGUUUUUAAAAGCUAGUCUCGAGCUGCGGCUUAUAGAUCUGAAACAGGGCGACUUUGUUAUAAAGGUUUAGGGGGUGGGGAGGGGAGGGGAAGAAACGCUCAAGCCGAAGCGCCAAAAAUUAACAAAUAGAUUCUACGUUGCCGUGCGCAUGUUUAAUAAGAGAUUACAGAUUACUCUAAGAGAGCUUUACAGACCUACGUGACAUGGGAUCUAUUUGUUUUAUAAUCGUGAUAAAAAACAAAAUGUCGUCAUUUAUGUUGCCAUCUAUGCGUCUGUCCUCCCAUAGAUCAUGGGUAAGAACCGAUCAAAAUUGAGCAUAGAAUUAGGGCCUGUCUCCGGCUCAUCUAGCUAGCCUGGUUCACUUUGACUACUGUGUUUUUUAAGUGGUAGAGAUUGGGCUUUUAAAUCCGAAGGCCUGGGUUCGUAUCAUAAGGGAGACUAAAAUGUAUCUUCGUUGCACUGACGUGAGGCAAACGGAUAACUUUCUUUUUAAUUUGGUUGCUAUUUCCUUAGAACUUACUAUCAAAACAUCACAUCAGUAACAUGCAAUUAUACAUCUGUUCCUUUUUUAUUCUCUUUCUUAUUGCGAUUUCUAGACUAUAUUGAUCACUCAGACCAAGAAGAGAGAACUAACGAUGAAGCGAGUAAGUCGCGAUCUUCUCCUAAAUACAUUUUGUGCCAUGUGUUCAUUUGUUUAUUGUCGCUUCUCGUUUAAGGAGUGGUCACUAUUUUUCGCCGAUGGAGCGGGGAGGAGGUUUGGGGUGGGAGUCGGAGGAUUCUUAGGAUGCUCCUCAUUGGCAGUUAAUAAACAGUCAAUUUUUAUAGUUCCCCUUCGUAUUAAGUUGGCGACGACUGAUCACCUUCCGUUACCCCUGAUAACCAUGUGAUCCUCAAAAAUCUCCCCCACCCGCUUACCCAGACGAUAAAUAAUGACUAGUCCAUUACUCUUGGUCAGUAUUGGAGAUCAAGAACCGUUGGAGGGGGAGGAGGGUGGGGGAGUCCACAUUCAACUAGGGUAGAAUGAAAUUACCACUGCUUAGAGAUUUAGUAAGCACCAGAGAAUUCUUUGAAAAUUAUUUUUAUUUUACAUUGAUGAGUAAAUGGAAAAGCCAAGGAUGUUGAUUAAAGAGUCUCUUGAGAGUCUCCACAGUCUCUUUUUGUCUAAAUAAUCUGGUGUAAGUAAAAGUAAGUAGUCCAAUACGCCUAGCUCAUUACAGUAUUGUAAGUAUCGCCAUUUUGCGGGUAUUGCCACAAAUAAAAAAAAAACGAAAAGAGGAAAGCAAAACCAUUAAUAUACAAAAUUUUAUCUCAGUCUACGAUAUAAAAAUCUGUGAGUAUGUCGAUAAUAAAGUAAAAUUAAAAUAUUAACAGUUCAGUAAUAGUUAUAAUAAAACUAUUUAUUGCUCGAUAUAACUGUAUGACGUCAGUUUUCUUUUUUCAAGCGCCUUUUAAAGCUACUUAGUUUAGUCUCAUGUUUAAUAUUUCCAGUAAUGCAUUCCGUAUCGACGCAACUGAGGGAAACUUAUUUCUUUAUUUUUUUUAAUUUACAGCUGGUUUGACGAUCGUCAUAGUAUAUGGAGUUGUUUUAGCUAUUCAGCUGAUUGUCUUCUUUAUUUUUGCAUGCAAAGCAUGGGAUGCGGUGUUCAAGUGAGUUUUUUAUUUCUCGUUUUUCCUUCAUUUAUCUUCUUCUGGCCAUGAAUUUCGAUGGAAGGAUUUAUCUCAAAUUCAAAGUCGAUUGUCAUAAUAACGAUAUGGGAUUCUUACCUGUUAAGAUUCUUAUUCUUACCUGAAUUUUGCUAAGUUUGAGCAAAAUUAUUCCCUUAAAUUACUGGUACGCUACACGCUGAAAUAUGCGGCGCAAACAGACUGACAGGUUGAUAUAGUUUUAUCAACUGAGUUGAUAAUGCCCAAAUUCAUCUGAUGAUACCACCACUGACGCCGCACAAAAGUUUCUGUAAAAACUUUUCUCCUUUUUCAUUUCACAUGGUAAUGGUUGCCUUUGGAAGCUUGUUAAAGGCAGUUUUUCAUUCUGCUUUUAAAAGAUUGCCAAGCAACUGCUAAGUUCAUUUUCCUCCUGUUUUUUUCAGAUCUCGGUCAGUUGCUGAGGAUCCUGAAUCACAGCUGACAAACGAAUUUCCAUUCUUGCCUUCUUAUGAGAUGGCGAUGAAUGAAGUGCGUACGAGUCAACAGAGUAUUGCUAGCAGCGACACAGUUGUUACUACUAUUGACGAUGGUGUAAUAUUGGGGAUAGCUAGUCCAGGUACCACUGCAUUCCAAGAAAACCAAAGGAAUGAGUCAGAGACAAAUCAUUGUGUUGCAAACUCACCGAGAAGCAGAAGCAGCCUAGAUGAUGGAGUAGUUUCAGAAAUCGAGGAAUCAGUCGCUAUCGCGCCUGUGGAGGAAACCGUUAACUUGUAA